UGAAAAUGAAAGAACUGAAGAGGAAUAUGAGGAGCAAGAGAGAUUAAAGUGUUCAGAUACUGAAAUACUUCAACUUCCUUCUAAAUUACAACAUUUUAAUAAAAAAAAAUCAACAAAAAAAGUAAAAAGACAAACAAAAGCAAUAGCCAAUAUAAGAAAAAAAGUUGUACAAUUGGAACAAAAGGAAACAUAUAAUAAAGAUGAAAAAAAUAAAAGUGAUAUUAUUAUUACUACAAGUUCAAUACUUGAAAGUGAAAUACCAAAAGAAGGUAGUUUUGUGUGGCAUUACUUUCAUCAUUCAGAAAACUUAAUUACAUCUACAUGUGCUGUUAUUAUGCAUGAUGGUAAAGAAUGUAAUGUUUCUUAUAAUGAUAGUUCUACAACAUCAAACUUAAUUAGUCAUCUUGCACGAAUUCAUAAGAAUUAUGAGGAUAAUGAACCAUUUUUAUCUUUAAUAUUGCGAUCUACAUCUAAAACUUACUCUGAUACAGAAACAAUUGAAGGCAGUGAAGAUAAUGAUGAAGUAUAUGAAAAAAAAAAAUUAAUUUUAGAUGACAUUUAUAUUAAACUAAAUGAAUUGAGUAAAAACGAAAAUGAAUUAAAUAAUUAUCUAUCUUUAGAAGAGAAAGGGAAGGAUACUGAUCCAUUUGACUGGUAG